AUCUCCAGUCGAACCGGCAUUUGUGUUUAGUACAGAGCGAAGAAAUUACUGCUACUAACUGUGCAUUUCUAUUUGACUGUUUGAUUUUUUUGGAAUUAUUAUUUUACACUGCAAUGCCUAAUCUAAAGCAUCAAAAGGGCCAUCGCCUUGGACAUGAAGAAGCUCCGAAUAACAUUCAGAUCGGAAAUCAACAUGUAAACAACCAGCGUAUGGAGCACCAAAAUCAUCAGAAUGGUGAAAACGGCGGUGCUCGUCUCCAAAAUUGUUGCGUUCCCGCUGGUUGCAAUGAUGAUCCGAUUGAUCCUAACGACCCAGAGGAUGCUGUUAGAGUCGUUUGCAAUAAUGAUGCGUGCACUGAAGGAAAUUGGAUGCAUAAGUUUUGUUUCAUUGAAUGGGAAAAAUCUGUACUUUCUUUCCUGAGAUCUUGCGGUCGCGCAAGAAGUUGGAGCGAAAAGCAAAGAUUACAAAAUCUGUGGACCAAGAAAGGCUACGAUCUAGCUUAUAAAGCAUGUGACUGUAAAUGUGGCCGCGGGCAUUUACGUAAAGAUUUGGAUUAUUUUCCUGCUCCUUUUAACGAAAAUGCCAAAAAAGUGCGUAAGAACAAGAAGAAAAAUGAUAAGCCCAUGCCAGUGGUGAGUACAAAUCAUAAAGCAGGCCAUAAUUCCAACACUAACCACCAACCGCUACAUCUAGUGGACAACCACGGUCAUAUACAACCCUCUCAACACGUAGACAACGCUACAAAAUUACUGAAGAAAGAACCGGCCAACACUACUACCAAUAUUAGGCGCGGUAGCGACAACACCAUUAACAACAAUCCCGGUGGCACCCUAGCUAACAAGGAUCGAAGUAGAAACAAUAGUAGCAAUCAAAACGACUUUGGUGCCGACUUGGAAAUACUUGAUAACAGUGCGCACCACAGUGUCAGCAAUCUCGCCUACACCAACAACCCUUUAAUGUUACCGAGCAAUGCUUUACGUAUGCGCACCAACAGCGUCAGCAGUACCGGAAGCGUUGGCAGUCAGGCCAGCAGCAGUGGAAGCAUACCGAGCUCUGCUGGUUCCAUGUCACCAUUGUCCAGCUCUCCGGUCAUUGGUAACAUAUUUUUUAAGGGGAAAAAGCCAGAAACAUUUGACCCAAACCAAGGAGGCCUCUUCCGCCGUCGCCAGGACUUGUCUGCUUUCAAUGCUCUACCUCGGUACAAGCGAAACCCUUACAACAUUCACAUUGAAGAUGUUCAAGAGGAUGAAGACACGCGCAACUUUGUCCUCAGCAACUUAACCAACAAGCGAAUGACAGCUUUGCGCUGCGUUUUGUGCAAAACUCAGCUGCCUGUUUUUGAUCGGUUUCCUUUGGUUGACGGUACCAUGUUUCUUUCCCCACAAGCGUACGAUCAGCACGUAGUCCAGGUGAUAUGGGAGGGAAGGAUCCAGUUUCUGAACGCAGUGUGUAUUGGCUGUCUAGAAGGUGCAUGUGAAGCCAAGUGCUCUGCUUGCAAGACGCUCUGGGACGGUACAUCAUUUGUUGUGGGUACCAUGUACACCUACGAUAUCUUUGCUGCCAUGCCUUGUUGCCAGAAGCGAUUAACGUGUAAGCACUGUCGUCGUGCGGUCAUAGAUGUGUCCAUAGGCCUUGAUUUCUACAGCCAGUACAGUCGCAUGAUUAUAUGUCCUUACUGCAAAGCAAAUGACUACCAUUUCAUUAGGCCCCUGUCUGAUACCUUCAGUGUCAAGGAACCUAUAUGUGGCCAGUGCUAGGCAGAUUCCUAGUCUCAACUUUGUCCUAAAAACACUGUAGCCAUGUCAUCGUUGUACUGUCACUUUUUUUAAACAUGCAUUUUGACGUUUUCUUGACCAUCCAAAUUGUUCUGGAGGUUUGCUGACUCUGGGCCAGUGACGUAUCAGUGUGUGACCAAGUGUGUUUAGAAACCAAAUACAUACGAUGCCCUAUUGAUAUUGCUUUUGACUGAUUGCAGUCACUUUUUCCUUUUGGAGUUUGUGUGCUACUUUAUGGGAUGUAUUGAUCAUCUGAUUCUUUCUGUAAGGAAGAAUAACUAUUAUAUUGUAAUUCUGUAGUGGGAGAAAAAAAAGAUGUUAUUGUAAGCUGUUGCUAUAACUUAUAACAUUUAUUUUAGUAGGUAGUACUUGACCAUAUUUUUUUUUUUUUUACUUGUUAAUUUUCUUCAGUUUUACUUUUAUUAAGAUCAAAAUUCUAUUUUGUUUUGGCUAUUUAGCACAUGAUUAUUCUUAGUGUAUCGAUUUUUUUUUCUUGCUGGUGUAAAAAUACAUAAAAGUUUUUGUUUUGAUACAAAUGUGGAACCGUAGAUUUUCAGAUCUGCUCUAAACCAGGUCACAAGUUGUUUACAACGUUUGGAGCUGCGGCGAUGUUUUUGCCAAACUUUGCCAGGGUUUCACCAAACCCAGCCGGUUGCUCCACAUUUUUUGCACGGCUUGGCGUUUCUAAAAUUAUGUAGGCAUACUAGAACUAGUAUUACCAGAACAUUAAUAUUGGGCUUAUCUGUCCUGUCCUUUUUAUAAAUAAAAAUCCUCUUAAAUUUUCAGACAUUUUCAAAAUUUACGCGCUCUACCCCUUUACACUUUACAUUUACAGUGUUAACAUUAUUUAUUAGGACCGAUCACUUUCAUGGCUAAUCUUAAUGAUAGUAAUAGUAAUAGAUAAUGGAAGUAUUGUGGCAGUGGCAAUAGCCUACUAACUACUGUUAUGUAUAAUCCCUGAUAUUAUGAAUACAUUAUUACAUUAUGGUACGGCAUAUAAUUAUAAUCAGCACGUUGGCAACAUCUUUUAUUUUAUUGUUGUACAUCCUUCCCCCACCCUUCUCCCUCUCCUUUUUUUUUUCAUACAUACCGGUACUGAAUCAGAUGUGCAAGAUAUC